AAUCUACCAGUAGGGAGCAGCAGCAUGUUCCUCUGACAGGGCAGCUGAGGGAUGGGGGGACAUGAUUCAGCAUGUAGGCUGGGCUAGAUGGGACAUUUCUGUUCCAUAAUCAUGAAAGUGUUUCUGUAUCUAGCAACUAACAGGUAGAAUAAUAGAAAAGAGAAAAUAAACAGAAAGGCAGGUAGCUCCUAUCUGUGCUGCUGCCUUCUCAGGCAUCAAUGAAAGAAUUAACAGGUUGAGGGACUUGUAACAAACGCACAUCGUGUGCAUCUUGCCUAGAAAUGAAGGCCAUAUGCUGAGGUCUGCUCGUCAUUUGAUCAACUCUCGCUCUCCACCCUCAGACUCCAGUCAUCCCCACGCUGCCAAAUGAAACGCAGACAGGGAAACGUCAGAGGCUCCCUCUGUCUCCAUUCAGGCUGCUCAACGCCGUGGAGAGUUUUCAGUGCACUAAGCCACCAAAAGAAAUGAAUUCACUGUGAACGACGGGUAAAUGGAGUCAUCUCUCGAGUUUUCCAACUCUUUGGGCAGCGUGUCCUCACUGCUCAGUCGCUGUCGGACCUUUAAAGUCCUGGUGAUAGGAGACUCCGGGGUGGGGAAGACCUGCCUCACACACCGACUCUGCGCCGGAGAGUUCCCCAGCAGAGUGGAGGCCACCAUCGGGGUGGACUUCCGCGAGAGACUGCUGGAUAUCGAUGGAGAGAAAAUUAAGCUCCAGCUGUGGGACACAGCAGGACAGGAGCGUUUCCGUAAGUCCAUGGUGCAACACUACUAUCGUAACGUCCACGCUGUGCUCUUCAUAUAUGAUGUCACCUGCCCUGCCAGCUUCGGCAGCCUGUCUGCCUGGAUAGAAGAGUGCAGGCAGAACUCCCUCGGACAGGAAAUCCCCAGGUUCCUGGUGGGUAACAAGAGUGACCUCCGUGACCCCUGCAGGACUGACGGCCAGGUGGGCCAGGAGCUGGCGAUGAGCUUCGCCAAAGCCCACGGCAUGAUGUUUUUUGAGACGUCCGCCAAGAACCCGCCAAACAAAUGCGCGAGCGGCCGACGGGGUGAUGGGGAGGUGCCGUAUCAGCAGGAUAAGGUGGAGGACAUCGUUGUUGCUGUUGGUGCCAAACUGAAGAGACAGAAGAAACCUACAGCAGCGAACGCCCCGCCGUACAGCGGGUCCUUUAAAGUCCCGAACAAGAAAAGACCGGAGAAAGAGCUGUGGACCUGCUGCUGAGAGAGAGAACUGUUGGCCUUUUCAGAUGGAAGAAUAUGACUUUUUAGCUGUUUAGGAGUGUGUGUGUGUGUGUGUGUGUGUGUGCGUGUUUGUUUGUGUGUGAGUAAGGAAGUGACUAUAUUGUGCACAAUUUUCAUUUUUGACCAAAGACGGACUUCAAAAAUGCUAAACUUUUGCAUUUGAAAUACAGUUGCUUUUCCUCCCACACACGACUUUAAUAUUUAUACUCUUAAAGAUGUCCUACUUGGAAAUGUUGUGUAUAUUUGUGAUCUUCUCGUUUUACAAUAGCUGCAAAAUAAAAGACUGUGAAUGUAAACAUUA